AUGGAGGCUGGCGACUCUGAGCUGAUCUUGAAGAGCACAAAGGCGACAGUCAAAGUCACCAAGGAGCAGAACGAGGAAACCAAGAAGCUCCUCCGGCUGAUGGGUGUGCCGGUGGUCGAUGCCCCGAGUGAGGCUGAGGCGACAUGCGCCGCGUUGUGCCGUGAUGGCAAGGUCUAUGCAGCGGCCACAGAGGAUGCAGACUGCUUAACUUUCGGCACGAAGAUCCUUAUCAGGAACCUCAUGGCCGCCGAGUCACAAAAGAAAACUAUUCUUGAGGUGAACCUGGAGCUUGUGCUGGAGCAGUUGAACAUCACCAUGGACCAGUUCAUUGACUUCUGCAUUCUCUGCGGCUGCGAUUAUUGUGACACACUGAAGGGUGUUGGUCCAAGUACAGCCAUUAAGCUUCUGCUUCAGCAUGGAACGCUGGAGAAGGUCAUCGAAGCUUUGGGGUCCGAGAAGGUCCCGGCCAACUUUCGCUACGAGGCUGCUCGGAUGUUCUUCAAGGAGUGUGAGGCGGUGGACACGGGCAAGUGCGAGUUUGCUUUCGCAGAACCCGACUUCGAGGGUCUCACGAAGUUCCUGGUGGAGGAGUGCUCCUUCAGCAAGGAGCGUGUAGAACGCUAUGUGGAGCGACUGAAGAACUCCAA